CCGGCAGCAGCCGCAGCAACAGGUGGGGCCGCGGCGGAGCCCGAUCGCGGCCGAGCCGCCGCGCAGCGCAGCCGGAGCCGCAGCCGGUGAAAGGCUCCCUGGGCCUACUGGGGUCCCACCCCUCAACUGUCCCCUCCAUGGGGACCUCUUCUCCCCCAACCUGACCAAUGCAGCAGCAGAGGUGUGAGUAGCCCCAAAGGGCAGAGGAAAGAAGGUCCCACCUGCUUCAUUCACCUCCUGCCUCAUCCCCAGCAGGGCAGGGGUGCCUUUUGGGGUCCCCAGAUCACCUCCUUUACUGUGAUAAUCAGUGGCUCAUCUCUUAAGCUCCAGAUUCCAGAGUCAGGCCAUUAAGCCAUACUCUUUGUUUACUUAAAAAAAAAAAAGUCACCUCCAACCCCCUGCUUUGGCAAAACCCUUGGAAACAUAACAUGUACCAGCUCAUGGACCAGAUGGGGAAAGCAAAAGAACUCCACAUCUUGUUAUUUAAAAACCCGGCGGUGAUUAAGCCAGUCUGAUGAUCCAGGGAGUCUGACUCAUCAUUUUUUUUUAACACUUGGGGUUGGUGAGAUAAGAAUUUACUGCUGCUGUUCUCCCGCAGCAAAUCCCCACAGCUCACGUGGAAAUCAGCAGCAACCCAGGGCAGAGGCUCCUGGGCCGUGCCCGUCUCCUUCUCUUGCGUCUCCUUCUGUGCAGACAUUCCAACCCGCCUGGACACCUUCCUGUGUAACCUCAUCUGGGUGUUCCUGCUCCAUGGGGGGAUUACACUGGAUGAGCUUUCCAGGUCCCUUCCAGCCCCUGACAUUCUGUGAUUCUGUGAUUCUAUGAUUCUAUCUGAACACCCCACCCUGCAGCACCCUUUGCCCACCUGGGUGGUCUGUGCUGAGAUGGAGGCGAGGGGGAGGGAGUUUUAAUCUCUGCAGCUCUGUGUCCAGGUGUAAUUAACCCUAACCCAAAUUAAGCUGUCUUGAAAAAGUUGGUAGCCAGUGUCAUUCCACCCCCGUUUUCUGUGCUUGGCCUCUCCUUGCUUUGCCGGGGCACUUUACACAGAAGUGGCGGUCCAGGAAAUAAUGCCGUGUCACAUCCCCUCCACCCACCGCUUUCCUCCAGCGAUGCGAGAGCCUUGGCAGGGUCGCAGCGGAGCCGCCCUGCCGCCCAGGGGCUGCAGCAGCCGUCACGGAGCGGCCGGCAGCCACGCCGAGCUGGCCGGCUGCAAGAUGAGCCUCAGCACCACGCCGGCAGCCGGCGUUGCCCAGGCUUUCUUCUGCCUCCUACUCUGCGUCCCCUGGGGCAGCUCCUGCCCCCCCAGCUGCCAGUGCACGGAGCGGGCAGGGGCGAAGGCCGUGCUCUGCAGCUCCCGGCACUUGGAGGAGAUCCCCAAGGACAUCCCCAGAGACGCGGUGUUCCUCAAGCUGGACGCGAACAGCAUCACCAGAAUCCCCAGCAACGCCUUCAGGCACCUCUCCCACCUGGAGGAACUCGAUCUCUCCAGGAAUGCCAUUGAGAAGAUUGACAGGGCAGCUUUCAAGGGGGUGGCUGCUGGGCUGCGGACCCUCGACCUCUCCAGCAACCGCAUCCGCAGCAUCCCCAAGGAGGCUUUGCUGGCGCUCAACGCCAAGCUCCGGCUGGCCAACAACCCCUGGCACUGCGAGUGCGCCUUGCAGGAGGUGUUGUGGGAGGCACGGCUGGACCCCGACUCCGUCCAGGACAUCACCUGCCACACGGCCCCGCGCCAGGAGUACGUGGGCAAACCGCUGCUCCAGGUCCUGGACGCCGGUGUCAACUUCUGCAGUGUGCGUCAGAGGACCACAGACAUAGCCAUGUUCAUCACCAUGUUUGGCUGGUUUGCCAUGGUCAUUGUCUACGUGAUCUGCUAUGUCCGGCACAACCGAGACGACACCUGCAAGCAUGUGGACUACCUGAAGGCCCUGCCGAGCCCCCAGGGCCACACAGAGACCACCAGCACUGCCCUGUAGCCCAGGAUGGGGCUGCCCCCUUCCCAGCUCCUUUGCAGGGAGCCAGUGACAACCUGGUGGCCUUCAAACCUUCUCUGGGGGACUUUCCAGUGCUUGCUCCAGUCACACAAAGGAGUUCCGCUGACUUAGAAUCACAGAGUAGUUUGGCUUGGAAGGGACCUUUAAGGGUCCUCUAGUCCAACCCCCUGACAUGAGCAUCUUCAACAUGGGUAGGACUUCGCCCCUUCCCAGUGAUGCUGGACCAAGUGUGAGCAAAUGACAAGGGGGACGCUGGGGACACAUUACCCACACCUGCCUAUGGCUCCGGGGAGGAAUCCCUCUCCCCAGGCCCCUUCUCCUCUGCCAUAGCUGGGCUCGCAGGGAAAGCAGCCCCAGGCACCUGCUCGCAGUCCAUGUGGUUUGGAGAGAACAAGCCCUUGGGGGGACAAGGAUGGGGGGUGGCUCCUGUGAGGCUGGGAGGUCCCUGGAGCAGGGGGUGCAGAGGGAUGGUGGUUCUGUGCAGUGGGGUCACCCCAUCCUGGCUCCAGGGAGGAACUGGACUUGCUGGGAGCAGGACAUCAGCCCCAGCCCCCCGCAGCAUCUCGGCAGCCUCUGCCUGCCACCAGCAUGCCCGGGCCAAGCUCCCAAACCUUUGGUUUCCCAAUAAAGCUCCAGUUGAAGGAAAA